AUGGUCGUUAAAGAGAUGGUGUGUCUUCUCAUGGUGUCUCUCGUGACGUCAGAGGUUCCCGAGGACUCGUGUUCCCGCCAGUUGAACAACAGUCAGAACAUCACCGUGUUGGCUCCGGCUGGCGCUAAGGGUGAACCGGGGGCAGCGGGCCCGCAAGGGCUAAAAGGAGAUCUUGGUGAUGCCGGACCGAGGGGCGCUCCUGGCAAACUUGGGCCGGCCGGACCGAAAGGGGAGAGGGGGCACAGGGGUGAGCCGGGACCGGUCGGCGAGAGGGGGCCCUCCGGUGUCAGCCCGCCCGCUCCACCUGUCGUGGCGUUCUCAGUGGCGCGAACGACAGGCGUGCGUAAAACGUCGUCUGACACACUUGUCACUUACGACACCGUCAUCACUAACGUGGGCGGGGGGUUCAACAAGGAAACGGGCAAGUUUGUGGCCGGUAUCGGCGGGGUUUACUUCUUCACAUUCACUGGCAAGACCGAGUAUUUGGCUAAGGUUAGUUAUAAGGCCCAUCUGAUGAAAAACGGACAAAUCGUGGUGAGCCUGCACGAGAAUAACGGAGAUCUCAUCCAGCACAACUCCGGCAGCAACAGCGCCGUCCUGCAGCUCAGUCCGGGGGACCAGGUGUGGGUCCGGCUGGGCGGAGACGGGCGCAGCUUCCCUGGGACAGGAGGGCAUCCCGGCAAUAGGUUCCUCACCUUCUCAGGAUUCCUCAUUCACGCCGACUGAGGGAAGCUAGAAGCUCUGUUCAGUUGU